GAGACAAAUUGACGGCCUAACCGAAACAGACAUCGCCACCACCCCUAAUGUACUCCUGCGUACCCAGUUCACAUAGCUCUGCACCAUCGCUAGGUGACUCCCAUUAAUGCAGUGUCCUCCUGGUGCACCGAUAUUUAACAGACCCCAGUUAGUCCAUCAUCUUCAACUCAACCCAGCUGUGGCAUUUCAAAGUCCUCGGGUUUAGGGAAAAAAAUCUCCUAUUUCUUCUUCUUCCACGUUCCAAUACAAGGAAAAUGAUCAGCCCAAAGCACUUGAUCAAGAUUGCAAGAAAAUGGCAGAGAGUAGCUGCCAUGAGAAGGAAAAGGAUCUCAUUUCCACAAGUUGAAGGAGACAAGGAAGUGCUAGCUCAUAGAGGACAUUUCGUCGUCUACUCAAUCGACCGAAAGCGGUUUGUGUUUCCGAUGAGUUACUUGAACAACUGUGUCAUCCGGGAGCUGUUCAAAUUAUCCGAGGAAGAGUUCGGGCUGCCAAGCAAUGGACCCAUCACUUUGCCAUGUGACGCCAUGUUCAUCGACUAUGCAGUUUCGAUGAUCCGACGGCAUUCCAAUGUGGAAAUCGAGAAGGCUCUCCUAUUGUCUAUUACAUCCAACACAUGCUCACUAUCUUACUCUAUGCAGCAGAAUCACACUGGACAACAAUCGCUUAUCUGUAGCCAUUGAAACUUCGUACGAGGCUUUUAGGAUGUACAUAAUUGAGAGAAUUGCAUGAUAAUUGCAGUUCCCAAUUUGUUUAAUGAAAACAGAUUUUUCUCUCC